AUGCCUGAGAUCGCGGAAGUUGCGCGCAUUGUCGGUUUCUUGAAGAAACAUGCCGUAGGCAAGACGAUCAAAAAUGUCAUGGCACAGGAAGAUAAUAUCGUCUUUGGAAAGGUCGGAACGUCUGCAUCCGCCUUCCAGGAGGCUUUGACAGGCAAGAAAAUAUUAGAUGCACGACAGCAAGGGAAAUACUUCUGGCUGGUCAUGGACUCGCCGCCACAUCCUUUGAUGCACUUUGGAAUGGCAGGCUGGAUGGUUCGUAACUUCUGUACGGACUCGAAACCUGAAGAGGCAGAAUGGCCACCCAAGUACUGGAAGUUUAUCCUGCAGUUGAAAGACUCCAAGAACGAGGUCGCCUUGGUAGACGCAAGACGGCUUGCUCGUGUGAGAUUGGUAGACGCUGCUGCCGAAGACAUGAGGAAGACUACACCACUGAAAGAGAACGGGCCAGAUCCUGUCAUCGACAAAGACAUCCUGACCGUGGAUUGGCUUAGCAAGAAGCUGCGGAGCAAGAAGGUACCCGUAAAAGCAUUGCUCCUUGAUCAAGCCAACGUGUCCGGCAUAGGAAACUGGGUCGGUGACGAGGUCAUGUACCAGGCUCGUCUACAUCCCGAGCAGUACAGCAACACCUUUAGCGAUGAGCAGAUCAAGCGACUGCACGAUGCUAUCAUGUAUGUCUGCGACACCGCCGUGGAAGCCAACGGAGAUUCGGACGCCUUCCCCAAAGAUUGGUUGAUGAAACACCGUUGGGGCAAGGGCAAGAAGGAAGCUCAGAAACUCCCCACCGGCGAGAAGAUUACGUUCCUCAAGGUCGGUGGGCGAACUUCAGCCAUUGUACCGAGUGUCCAGAAAAAGACGGCAGCAGUUGCUGGUGACGUGUCGGAGGGCGCAGACGAGGACGAUGUCGAGGAAGAUGCGAAACCUAAAAAGGGCGGCAAAAAGAAGGCCAAGGCUGUUAAGAAGGAGGAAGAGGAGGAAGACGUAGAGGACGCGAAACCUAAGAAGGGUAGCAAGAGAAAGGCUCAGGCUACCAAAGAAGAGGAAGAUGUCGACGAGGCCGAAGAGGAGGCACCAGUCAAGCUAAAGCGAGGACGUAAAAAUGCGAAGGAGGUCAAGGCAGAGGUCAAAGAGGAGGACGUUGAUGCUACGGAGGAGAAACUCCCAGUAAGAGCAAAGCGUGGCAGCAAGAAGGCGAAAGUCGACGUGGAGGAAGCCGAGGAUAAAGAGGUUAUUGAAGCUGAAGAGAUACAGCCGGUCAAGAAACGCAAGACUACUGCAAACGGUACCGCAAAGCAGAAGAAGGCUGCUACUGCGAAAGAAGAGGCCAAAGGCGAUGAUACGACUGCAAAAAGGCGAUCAGGGCGUAUGUCCAAGUAG